GUUCGGCAGAUCCAAUCCGGGGCCGUGGGGGUUGCGCUUGGCGUUUUGUUCGUAGUCACGACUUAUCUCGUCCUCAAAGAAUAAUAGUUUCUCCAACUUACGUGACCACUCCCUCCUACCGACAUCUAUCACUUUACACAUUUACUUCUACGAUAUCGAAAAAUCACUCGAUACUGACCAGGAUGAGCGAAGCAGUUGAUGUGCUGCUUUUUGGGCUUGGGGCCAUUGGGUCCUUCUACGCCUACAUACUCACCAAGUCGGAAAAUGUUCGUCUGACGGUGGUUGCCCGAUCAAAUUACGACGCUGUUAAAAUGAAUGGUCUCACCAUCAACAGUGAAGUUUACGGGUCACAUACGUUUCGCCCAUACAAUGUAGUAAAAACUCCCGCAGAAGCAAGGGGGACAUUCGAUUACGUAGUGUGCUCACACAAAGCAAUUGAUCAAAGUUCAGUACCGGCACAGGUAGCACCAGCCGUCGACGCAAAGAAAACAACCCUUGUCGUGAUACAAAAUGGAGUAGGAAAUGAGGAGCCGUUUAGGCAGGCCUUUCCUGAUGUCACCAUCAUCACAUGCGUUACAUGGGUUGGUGCUCUCCAAACUUCGCCCGGGGUGAUCACGCACACCAAAUCUGAACAUACUCAAAUUGGACUGUAUCCAAACGAAAAGGUAGACAACGCACUGGAACAGGGUUGUUUGGACGCCUUCACAGGUUUCUUGAGGGCCGGCGGAACACCUUUCGACGUUGUUGAAGACAUGCAAAUCAAGCGGUGGGAAAAAGUAGUCUGGAAUGCCGCCUGGAACUCAGUCACGACCCUAACGCUCCUUGACACGCAAUCCUGGCUCAGUUCUGAAGGCGGGAUGUCCUUAACCCGCCAAUUAAUGACAGAAGUCAUUGACGUAGCGCGCAAAUGCGGUAUACCCUUAUCCUACGAUUUGAUUGACGAGCUAAUCAAUAAGAUAUUGAAGAUGCCGGGGAUUCAUAGCAGCAUGCAUGCUGACCGCGUGGCCGGAAGACAGAUGGAAGUUGAUAUCAUUUUGGGCACACCGCUGAGGAAGGCUAGGGAGUUCGGCAUGAAGGUGCCUAUCAUGGAGACUAUAUAUACGCUUCUUACGGAGUUGAACGUGUAUUUAAAACAGACAUCAAGUCCGUGAAAUGAGGCAUGAAGAUAAUGC